AUGUCCGCCCGAACCGAUGCCGAAGCAGAGCAGAACCAGAUCACCUCUGGAGUCACUCCCGAUACGCUCACGAGCUCCUUGAAAGAGAAGCUCGAGGCCACUCAUGUAGAGAUUAUGGAUCUGUCAGGCGGAUGCGGUCAAAUGUACGAAGCCAUCAUCGUGUCACCACAAUUCGCAAAGAAGACGACACUCGCGAGACAUCGGCUGGUCAAUGCCGCUUUGAAGCAAGAGAUUGCUGCGAUACAUGCUUGGACGCCGAAGUGCCAUACGCCGGAGGAGUGGGAGAAGAAGAAGGCUGCAAGUUGA